AGGUGGUUGAUUGCUUGUGUUUUUUGUAGAACCCACAAUGGGACGAGUGAUCAGGGCUCAGAGGAAAGGUGCGGGCUCCGUCUUCAAAGCCCAUGUAAAGCACAGGAAAGGAGCUGCUAAACUCCGACACAUUGACUUUGCUGAACGCCAUGGCUACAUAAAGGGAAUCGUGAAGGACAUCAUUCACGAUCCUGGCCGUGGAGCUCCCCUGGCCAAGGUGGUAUUCCGUGAUCCUUACAGGUUUAAGAAAAGGACUGAGUUGUUCAUUGCAGCUGAAGGCAUCCAUACUGGACAGUUUGUUUUCUGUGGCAAGAAAGCCCAGCUGAACAUUGGCAAUGUACUGCCUGUUGGUGUCAUGCCUGAGGGUACCAUCAUCUGCUGUCUGGAGGAGAAGCCUGGUGACAGGGGUAAGCUGGCCCGUGCAUCCGGAAACUAUGCCACUGUCAUCUCCCACAACCCUGAGACCAAGAAGUCCAGAGUCAAGCUCCCCUCUGGAGCCAAGAAAGUCAUCUCCUCAGCUAACAGAGCUGUUGUUGGUAUUGUUGCUGGUGGUGGUCGUAUCGACAAACCCAUCCUGAAGGCAGGACGUGCCUACCACAAGUACAAGGUCAAGAGGAACUGCUGGCCUCGUGUCCGUGGUGUGGCUAUGAAUCCUGUUGAGCAUCCCUUCGGUGGUGGUAACCAUCAGCACAUUGGCAAACCCUCAACUAUCAGGAGGGAUGCGCCCGCUGGACGCAAGGUCGGUCUCAUUGCUGCUCGUCGUACUGGCAGACUGCGUGGAACAAAGACCGUCCAGGACAAAGAAAACUAAAGUGUGUCUUCAUAAUAAAAUGUCCUGACAAAUCUG